AUGUCAGAUGAAAACAAUUACAUUGAGGUUCAAGAUAUUCCUUCUCCUGGACAAUCCAUUGGUAGCAAUUCUAACGGCAACGAAUCGAUGAAUAAUUCAAGUGGCGAUGAUGGAAACGAAUUCAAUGCCUCAGAAGAAGAAAGAGAAGUUGAAAGGGAGGAGGAAAAUGAUGAACAGCAUGAACUGGAAGAUGUAAAUGAUGAAGAGGAGGAAGAUAAGGAGGAAGAAGGAGAAGAAAACGGGGCAGUAAUGGAUGUGGAAGAGGAAGAAGGAGAAGAUCAACAACAACAACAACAGCAGCAGCAACAGCAAGGCGGAGAUAACGAUGAAGAUGGAGAUGGAGAUGAAGAUGAAGAUGGAGAUGAAGAUGAAAAUGAAGAAGAUGAAGAAGAUGAAGAAGAAGAGGAUGAUGAUGAUGAUGAUGAUGAUGGAGAAGAGGAUGACGAGGAGGAAGAGAACAGUAGUAAUUUUGUGGGUUCGGACAGUUCUGGAGGAGAUGAUAAUGAAGGGGACGGUGUGAAGGAUGAAGCAAAAGACAAACAAGCUGAUGUUCGUCGUGAAACAUUGGAACGAGAACAAAAGGACGUCGAUAAAGCCGUAACAAAGGCCACUUAUGAAGAAAAUGAGAAUAGUCAGCUUUUGGAUAACAUGGAGAAUGUUAAUUACGAUCUUUUGCAAAAGCAAGUCAAAUAUGUUAUGGACAGUAACAUGUUAAAUAUGUCUCAAUUCCAACAUUUAUCUCAAGAAGAAAAGAUUUCAGCCAUUUUAGCAAUUUUGAAUUCAAACUCGGAUAUUGCUCUUUCUUCCCCUAUGCAGGAAACUACUGUAGCAACAACAGCUACUGCCUCAGUUACAAGUGGAACAAGAAACAAUGAUCAAAGAAAACCUCCGCUAUCUGAUGCUCAAAGACGCAUGAGAUUUCCCAGGGCAGAUUUAUCUAAGCCAAUUACUGAAGAAGAACACGACCGUUAUGCAGCUUAUCUGCACGGAGAAAACAAGAUAACAGAAAUGCACAAUAUUCCGCCCAAGUCAAGGUUGUUUAUUGGUAAUUUACCGCUAAAAAACGUUUCUAAAGAAGACUUAUUUAGGAUAUUCUCUCCAUAUGGCCAUAUCAUGCAGAUCAAUAUCAAAAAUGCUUUUGGGUUUAUUCAGUUUGAUAAUCCUCAAAGUGUCAGGGAUGCAAUUGAAUGUGAAUCACAAGAAAUGAAUUUUGGGAAAAAGUUGAUCUUAGAAGUUUCAAGUUCGAAUGCCCGUCCGCAAUUUGAUCAUGGUGAUCAUGGUACGAACAGCAGUUCUACUUUUAUUUCUUCUGCUAAACGACCAUUUCAGACCGAAUCUGGUGAUUUAUAUAAUGACGACAAUGGUGCUGGUUACAAGAAGUCCAGAAGACAUACCGUUUCAUGCAACAUUUUUGUUAAAAGAACCGCAGAUCGUACGUACGCCAUCGAGGUUUUCAACAGGUUUAGGGAUGGUACUGGUUUGGAAACUGAUAUGAUUUUUUUGAAACCAAGAAUGGAAUUGGGAAAGCUUAUUAAUGAUGCCGCAUAUAAUGGUGUUUGGGGUGUUGUUCUAGUUAACAAAACACAUAAUGUGGAUGUUCAAACUUUCUACAAAGGUUCACAAGGUGAAACUAAGUUUGAUGAAUAUAUUAGUAUAUCUGCUGAUGACGCAGUCGCCAUUUUCAAUAACAUCAAAAACAAUAGGAAUAAUUCCCGCCCUACUGACUACCGUGCUAUGAACCAUCAGCAAAAUAUGUAUGGCGCUCCUCCACUUCCCGUGCCAAACGGCCCAGCCGUUGGACCUCCCCCUCAGGCAAAUUAUUAUCAAGGUUAUGGUAUGCCACCUCCGCAACAGCAGCAGCAACAAACAUAUGGCCAGUCUUAUGGAAUCCCACCACCAUCCCACGACCAAGGUUAUGGCGCGCAAGCCCCAAUCCCGAUGAAUCAAAAUUACGGUCGCUAUCAAAACUCUAUCACAGCCCCACCGCCUCCACAGCAACAAAUCACUCAAGGUUAUGGUCGCUACCAAGCUGGUCCACCUCCACAACAACCUUCUCAAACUCCAAUGGACCAGCAACAACUAUUAUCUGCCAUUCAAAAUCUUCCACCAAAUGUUGUAUCAAAUUUGCUUUCUAUGGCUCAACAACAACAACAGCAACCUCAUGCUCAGCAACAAUUGGUUGGUUUAAUCCAAUCAAUGCAGGGUCAAGCCCCUCAACAGCAGCAACAGCAGUUGGGUGGUUAUGCCUCAAUGAAUUCAGCGUCUCCUCCUCCUAUGAAUACUAAUUACAAUGGACAAAAUGUACCUGCAAAAUCUCCAGCCCCACCAAUGUCGCACCAACCUCCCCCUCUUCAACAACAACAACAACAACAACAGCAGCAGCAGCAGCAACCUGCCGGAAAUAAUGUUCAAAGUCUUUUAGAUAGUUUGGCAAAACUACAGAAAUAG